GGAAAAGAAAGGUUAAAACCGUAAAAAUCGAAAGAAAAGCAAGACGUGGCUCUACCUUAUUGGUUCACUGAUGGUAUACUCCUCUACGAAACUCGAAAUUAAUUUUAAAAUUUAUUGUUCUUUCUUUGAAAACCAGUAAAUAUUAUUUAAUAUUCAGUAAAUUCGUGUGUGUUUUCUUCAAGCUCCAAAACUCUUCUUUAUGUUCAUCAUCAUCAUCGUCUAUCUGCAAAAACAACUUUACGCUAUCGUUGACGUCUCAGAUGCUCCCAAUAAGCUUCUCUUCUAUUUCCCCACGGUAACCCUAACAAUCGAAUUAGCUUUCAGCUUCUUCAUCUGUUGAUCCUCUUACCUUCAGUUUCUGCUGCUGCAUUCGCAUCGAAUUUUUUCUUCCCUGAAGAUUUGUUUAUCUUAAUCACCGUUCUAGAUAAGAUCCUGUCAUUUUCCAUUCUCUAAAACAACGAUUCGUCAUCUCCAUUCUUCUCGAUCACCUGUAGAUUUGGAUCUCAGUGAGGGAUUAUAGUAUUUUUAGAAAAUCCGUGUUGUUCGAUUUGGGUUUUUGAGAGUUUUGUCUCUGACAUGGAUUUUCCGGAGAAUUUGCCAUCGGAUAUUGGGAGAUUGGAGCAGAUCGUUUCUCACUUCUUCCCAAAGGCAUUGCACAUCGUCCUCGAUUCUAGAAUCCCUUCGUUGCAAUCCCGUGGCCGUACUCGUGAGCGUUCGUCGGGUCCUAAUGUCAAAAAGAGCGAUAAAUGGUUCAAUCUCGUGAUGGGAGAUCGUCCUGCAGCGUUGGAGAAGCUGCAUUCUUGGCAUAGGAACAUCCUGGACUCGAUGAUCAUUGAUAUCAUACUUGUUCAUCCGAUUUCAAGCGAUAAUCUGGAUGAUGUUCAUCAUCAUGGCACUGUGAGAUCAGCCGAGACUGUGAUCGAGCGUUGGGUUGUUCAGUACGAGAACCCACUCAUCAUGUCUCCUCAGAACUCUGACUCUUCUAUGCGUUACCAGAAGGUUUACAAGAAAUCAAUCAUUCUAUUGCGCUCUCUCUAUGCGCAGACGCGGCUUCUCCCUGCGUACCGUGUCUCUAGGCAGCUGAGUUCGUCUCUCGCCUCUUCUGGCUAUGACCUAAUCUACAAGGUCUCGUCUUUCAGCGAUAUAUUCUCUGGUCCAGUGACUGAAACAAUGAAAGAGUUUCGCUUUGCUCCAGUUGAAGUGCCUCCUGGCCGUCUUUGCGCCUCGGUGACUUACCGUUCUGACUUAUCUGAUUUCAAUCUCGGCGCUCACAUCACAUUGCCUCCAAGAAUCAUAACCGAUUACGUAGGGAGUCCUGCAACGGAUCCUAUGAGGUUCUUCCCUUCUCCAGGGAAAAGUGUUGAAGGCACAUCGUUCCCAGUUAGAGCUGGACGGCCUCCAUUGACUAGUUCAUCUGCUGAACGUCCUCAUAGCUGGACCAGCGGCUUUCACAGGCCUCCAGGUCAUUACGCUACGCCGAACCAGUCUUUCUCGCCUGCUCAUUCGCAUCAGUUUUCACCGGGAUUACACGAUUUCCACUGGUCACGUACAGAUGCUUUUGGUGACAGUCACCAGCUUUCACCUCCUUUCUCGCCAUCGGGUUCUCCUUCUACUCCGAGAUACAUCUCAGGGAAUAGCAGCCCGCGGAUUAACGUGAGGCCAGGGACUGCUCCAGUGACCAUUCCUUCUUCAGCCGCAUUCAAUAGAUACGUUUCAUCUAACUUCUCUGAGCCAAGCAGGAAUCCACUCCCUCCUUUUUCCCCUAAAAGUACGAGACGCUCCCCUUCAUCGCAGGACUCUUUGCCUGGGAUUGCGUUGUACAAGAGUUCGAGAAGCGGAGAGUCUCCUUCUGGUUUAAUGAACCACUACCCUGGCCAAAAGCUGACAAAGGACAGCAAAUAUGAUUCUGGCCGCUUCUCUGGACUGCUGUCUUCAAGUGGCUCACCAAGAUUUGGGUUUUCUAGAAGCCCCAGUAGAUUAUCUUCACAGGACGACUUGGAUGACCCUGAUUGUUCAUGCCCUUUUGAUUUCGAUGAUGUUGACGAGUCAGGACUUCAGUACAGCCAAAGUGAUCGGAGGAAAGCUUCAAGCUCUAUAUCGCAGUCGCUACCUAUAGGGAGAAAGUCACAGGACGCAGCGGUUGGGGUUCUGGUUCACAUGCUGAAGACAGCACCACCAUUACGACAAGACUCAAGCACUUACAUGGGGUCAACGUCUGGAGUUCAUAGAGAAGGGUCGGUGUCAGUAUCAGUGUCAGGUACAGAAUCUGAAUAUUCGAUGGCUCGAAGCACAUCAGAUGCACUUGAGGAGCUGAGAAACUACAAGCAGCUCAAAGACUUGCUUCUCUCUAAAUCCAAGAGUGUUGGUGGAGCAACUCGUGUCCACUGAACCCAACCAAGAGCAAGGCAUGAGUUACUCUGAUGAAUGUUUGUAAAUAUGGGAUUUGUUGACGAAUACUUUUAACUCUUUUGUAUAAAGCAGUGCGCUCACGUUUAAGUUUUUUGUAAAAUAUCUUGCCUUUGAAUAUGCACAUAAGUACUAAUAAAGUUUUAAUCUUUUUUUUUAGAGGCUUACCAGUGUAAACAUUCGUUCUUUAUCCUUUUAUCGUUUCGUUAUGAAUGUGAAAUCUCAUCUUUUUCUUGUUUA